GAGAAUUCCAGGCAGCUGCCCCUACUGGCCCUCUCUCACAUCUCCACCAACGUGCUGCUGACGCCGGUACAGGACGGGUGACGCCUCCACCAGACAGCGGACACCACCGUGUCACAUUGCAGAUUGACGACGUCGGCCGUGUUCCAUUCUUACACCGCUUUUAGUUCUUAUCGUAAUUGCUGCACAUCGCCAUUGUUUCCAGCGAUACGUUACCUACAUUACGUCGGUGCAAGUUGCGAAGCUUCGGCUUGGACCCGAAAUUCGUCAGCCACCGAGCUGUGCGCUGUGAUACAAACCUGUGAUGUCUAUCGUGGGCCAGCAAUGCCCUCCAAUCCGUGGGCUGACCUGGGUCAAAGGCGACCCGGUCCCUGUCGGCGUGGCCAACAGCUCGGGGCCCAAGCGAGUGCUCGUUGUGGAGUGCUGGGCAACUUGGUGUCCCCCCUGCCGCGAUAGCAUUCCGCACCUGACGGAGCUGCAGCACAAGUUCCGGGACAAGCACGUGUACGUGUUGGGCGUCACCAGCGAGCAGAACGUGGCGGCCGUAAAGAAGUUUGUGGAGGGCAUGGGCGCCAAGAUGGACUACGGCGUGGCGGUGGACAGCAGCGGCGAGGUGCAGGAGGGUCUUAUGAUGCCCGCUGGCGCCCGUGGCAUCCCGCACGCCUUCGUGAUCGACACCAACAACGCCAUCGCGUUCUCGGGCCACCCCAUGGACCCAGGGUUUGACACGGCGCUGCGGACCGCCGCCGCCGCCGCCUCCGACCGGACGGGCGGCAGUAGCAGCUCUGGCGGGGCGGGUGCUGCAGCCGAGAAGACGGCGCUGCCGCUCAUCACGGCCAGUCUGGAGGAGCUCAUGGGCAUGAGCAUCAAGGCACUCAAGGAGAUCCUGACGGAACGCGGCCUCAGCACCACCGACUGCUUUGAGAAAGGCGACCUCGCGAAGAAGGUUCACGCGCAGUGCUCCAGCGUCACCUACUACAAGUGAUGCAGCGUCAGCAUCUACAAGUAAUUUAGCAAGGCUGAAAGGGGUAACAGGUUGGAAGGGUUGCGCCGCUCCGGCGGUGGCCUGCGGCAGCCUGUGACCUGUUGGAUGCAUUCAUGGGCUAGCUUGGGCAAGCAUGGGGCUCGUGCAUUGUGCUGCACUGGCGAGGGUCGCCAGGCGUGUCGUGCAGGAGACGUCGACUGUCGCACAGCAGACCGAGUGGCGGUAUUGUCGGGCCGGACGUGUUGAAGGCUUUAAGGAUGUUGGCAUUUUGCAGGUGCGUGAGAGAGUGCGGUGAGUUGCCGACGGGAGUAUGGCGGGCCUGGACUGGGCAGGCCAAUGUGUACAUAGGCAAGGCUGGAACGCAGGUACAGCGCGGUAGGGUGGGGAGGGGGAGUGAGGAGACGAAACGGCAGCAACGUGGAGCGGGAUUUUGAGCGGGGAGUUCUGCACCCAGGGGUGCGCGAGGGAAGACCUGGGGCACAGCACGCGGUAAAGCAUGAAUUGUAAUGACUGGAGGCU